GCUGCCAUACAUGCAUCCAGUCCUGUCUGAGGUACCUGCUGGCUACUUAACUUAGCUAGCAGCCUUUACCUAUCAGACACUUCUGUUUAGGAAUAACAAAAUGAACGAGAGACAAAAUGAACUAAGUCCGUUUCCCGCUCGAUGUGCAAGUUGCGUGUUAAGGAAAAAAAUGGAGACCAACCAUUUGGUUUUAGUAUUUUAGCUGUUAUUGCGUUUUUGUUGGGUCCAUUUUGCGUGUAAGUGGAAAAGACAAAGAGAAAAGAGCUUUCCAAUAGCUAGGAUGGUUUGGGCCUAAAAAGAAGACGAGAGCAACAUGAACCGUGAGGACCGGAAUGUGCUCCGAAUGAAAGAACGAGAAAGGAGAAAUCAAGAAAUCCAGCAGGGAGGAGGAGGAGAGGCCUUUCCAGCGAAUUCCCCUCUCUUUCCUGAACCCUACAAAGUGUCCAGCAAGGAAGAUAAACUGUCCAGCCGUAUUCAGAGCAUGCUGGGCAAUUACGACGAGAUGAAAGAGCCGAUUGGUGACACACUUCCAAAGCUCGGUGGUAAACCUUCUAACAGCUCGUCUUCCUCUGAGGAGAAAUCAGGUCCACCUUUGUUUGGCGGUGAUCAGCGCGGUGUUGGUAGCGGCGGGAGCAACCAGAGCAAUAAGUGGACUCCUUUAGGCCCCGCUGCUGGUGGAUCUUCAACCCAGUCCCAGAAACGCUCUGGACUAAGCAGCCAGAGGGGAAACGGAGGCAGUAGCGGCAGCAGCAGCAGUAGCCAAAGACACGGAGGGGAGGUGCGCGAAAAGAAGUCAAGUAAACACAGUGGAGGGUCAGAGCACUCAAAGUCACACACAUCGAGUCCGGCUAAGGGCUCCCUCAGCUCCUCAAGCAACAGCAGCCACUUGCGGAGCUCGUUGUCUGCCGAGCAGCAUCACAGCAAAGAGCGAUAUCGUUCCAAGUCCCCACGAGACCGAGAGGCUAACUGGGACUCCCCCUCACGGGUUCACUCCUCCUUCCCCACCGGACAGCACUCGAGUCAGGCAUUUCCCCCGUCUUUAAUGUCCAAACCCGGCUCCAUGCUGCAGAAGCCCACAGCGUACGUACGGCCUAUGGACGGCCAGGAAACGGCAGAACCUAAGAGCUCACAGCCAGAAAGUUACAGCGGACAGUCACACAGCAGCACCAUGGGAGAGAUGAAGUCGAACAGCAAGGCCUCACUUUCCAAACUCAAGAUCCCCUCGCAGCCUGUAGAGGGGUCUGGUGACGCCAACUGUGUGGAUGAAAUUCUGAAGGAAAUGACUCAGUCUUGGCCCCCUCCGCUGACGGCCAUCCACACCCCCUGUAAAACAGAACCCUCCAAGUUUCCAUUCCCCACCAAGGACUCUCACCCUUUUCCAAGUGGACACAAGAGAGGCAGUUCUUCCAAGAGCUCGAGCAGCCACCAGCCCAAAGCUUGCGAUGACCAGCCCACCAUGCUUGAAGAUGACCUGAAACUCAGCAGCAGUGAGGACAGUGAUGGAGAACAGGACUCCGCCAAGAACGCCUCAAGGAACACAUCAGCAAGCAAUAACAGUGAAGGAGCGGAGCAAUCCAGGGACGACUCGAGCAGCCACAGCGGCUCGGAGAGCAGUUCGGGCUCCGACAGCGAGAGUGAAAGCAGCACGACAGACAGUGAAGCCAACGAGCACCCACGGCCUGCCUCUCCUGAACCGGAACAACCCAUGGCCAACAAGUGGCAGCUGGACAACUGGUUUAAGAAGGCCAAGCAGUUCUCACCAGCCUCUCCAGUAGACAAUAAUGUUCCAACUAAGUGCAAGAAAGAGGGCAGGGAUAACGGCUCAGGACGCGGCUACAGCAGCCAGGGAGGGAGUUCAAAAGACUCAGCAACACCCACCCCAAGCAGGGACCUACGGGCGGCACAAAAAGGUGCGGAGGGUGGCCGAGGCAGGCAAAAAUCCCCCGCCCAGAGCGAGGGUGGCACGAAUGCACGAAGGAGCAUUGGUAAGAAACAGCCUAAAAAGUCUGAGAAGCCCCCAGUGGUGGAAGAACCCAAAGGAGGUCUGAGGGUGGAGAGUGAGCCGGCUCCUGAGAUACCUCCUCACCGGCCCAAAGCUGCUACUAAAGGUUCUCGAAAACCAAGUAUCAAAAAGGAACCCAAAUCCUCUCCGAGGCCGACAGCACCCGCUGUCACCAACACUGCAGACAAACGCAAGGCCAAGGCACCCACAAAAACCUCUCAGAAGUCUCGGGAGUUUGUCGAUACGGACUCCUCGUCAUCAGACUCUGAGGGGAAUGAAAGCAUCCCAUCCUCGUCACAGACGCCCAAGUACACAGAGAGUAUAAGGACACCUGUGUGUGUGUUUUCUCCAAUUGAAGAGAAAGAGCUGCUGUCUCCCCUCAGUGACCCAGAAGAGCGAUACCCUGCGAGGCAGCCUCAGCAGCAGGUCCUACUUGUGAAGAUAGAUCUCAGCUUGCUGUCAAGGAUCCCAGGGCGGCCCUACAAGGAGCCUGUGGAGAUAAAAGUGGAGAGGGAUGACUCUCUAGACAGGGACAGUAAAGACUUCAGCAAGCAGAGCUCUGAAAAGAGUUCUAGUAAGGCCAAGAGGAAACACAAGAAUGACGAAGAAGGAACGAAGCCAGAGAGCAAGCGGAGCAAGCUAGAGGAGAAGUCCCUGUCUCAUCACAAAAACAGCAGUAAAGAGUCUAAGAGGUCUUUGGAGAAAAAAGAGGAGCCAGUUCCCUCUCCCUCCAUGUCAGGUCUUCAGCGGACGCCCAAGGCAGAGCACCCGAGCAGAAAGAGAACGGUCAGCCAGUCCUCCACCUCUUUGUCCAGUGGGACAGGCAGUGGGAAGGAGGGAAGCCACAGCACCAAGAGCAACUCCACCUCCAAGCACAGAAAAGGAGAGGACAAGGGACGCAGCACACGGGACGGAAAGGAGAAAUCCUCAAAGGGCUGUGAUAACCAGCUGGCCGUGCCUCCACUCUCCACCGACGGCUCCAAGUCUCAGAGAUCCAAGCUGGUGUUUGAGGACAGGGUCCAUUCAGCAGAUCACUACUUACAAGAGGCCAAGAAACUUAAACACAACGCAGAUGCACUGUUGGAUCGUUUUGAUAAGGCGGUUUACUACCUGGACGCUGUGGUGUCUUUCGUUGAAUGUGGGAAUGCUCUGGAGAAGAGCGCCCAAGAGUCCAAGUCUCCCUUCCCCAUGUACGCAGAAACAGUGGAACUUAUCAAAUACACUAUGAAGUUAAAAAGCUACAUGGCUCCAGAUGCUACAUCAGCAGACAAGAGGCUAGCUGUGCUUUGCCUACGAUGCCAGUCCCUCCUCUACCUGCGGUUAUUCAAGCUGAGGAAAGACAGCGCACUAAAGUACUCCAAAACACUCACUGAACACUUAAAGAAUUCCCUGAGUAACACCCAGGCUCCCUCUCCUGGAAUGGGAAACAAGGCAGCAGGAAUGCCGUCUCCAGUGUCUCCCAAGUUGUCACCAGGCACUGCCGGUGGCUACUCGACGGUAAGCAGCACUAGCAGCGCCAGUUCGUCUGUAACCAUACCUCAGCGUAUCCAUCAGAUGGCCGCCAGCUACGUCCAGGUCACCUCCAACUUUCUGUAUGCCACCGAGGUCUGGGACCAGGCGGAGCAGAUCUCAAAGGAGCAGAAAGAGUUCUUCUUGGAGCUGGACAAGGUGAUGGGUCCUCUGAUCUUCAACACCAGCAGCAUGACAGAACUGGUGCGUUACACGCGGCAGGGCCUCCACUGGCUGCGCCUGGACGCUAAGCAAAUUCCCUAGCAAGGACUCGUUCCCUGCACGCUGCUUCCACACCCACACCUCAGCCUCCUGUGUUCAGCUACGUGUGGCCAAAGGACACACACACACGCAUGCUCACAGACACACACAUAAUAUACACUCAUGUACUGUACACAUUCACAGACAAAGUCCACCUCUGGUCCUCCUUGCACACGCAAAACACACAUGUGAUGGACCUCUCAGACAUAUCUCCAACACUGUGUCCAUUUCCUACACCAGCUUGCCAAAAACACUGAGCAACCUCGGCCAUCUCAACACCGUCGACAGCACCACACAGGGAGAAGCAUCCAAACUGCAGCAACAGGAACAAAAAGAACUUCUCGCCAUGCUUCAUGUAUCGGCAUUCUUAUGAUAUCUCUGAAGGCCAUGUUUUUAUCGAUUCAGCAUGGAAGCGCUGGCUGAAUUAUUUAUGAAUAUGCGUACAAUUGGGUUUGGUUUAAGGCUACUUUGGUUUUUUUGUAUCUUUCUGUUUGACUUUGUUUCACCAAAGUACCUCCCAUGAACACCAAAGGUGCUUUAAAAAUGAAGGUUUCUCUUUAUCAUUUUUGUGCCUUGUAUGUGAGCUACAGGAAAACAAACAGCCACCCCUCAUUCAAGUACAUUACUUUUUAUUCUUCCUCUUUUUCUCCUGCUACGAGUCAUAUAAUAUAUUUUUUUAAAAUUGAGUUAAUGAAAGCUGGCAUCAAUCACGUUUUUUAUUGCAGUCUUUCAAUUUUGAAGUUGGGUCCUGUCCAAGUGUUUGACAUUUAGGAGAAGAGAUGGCGUUGGCAGCAGAUGAAACUACCACCCUGACUUAUAUUUCCCUCAGAGUCUCCUGGUGCAUACGCCUUAUUAUGGAGCAUGGCCACAAGAGUUUAGGACUGUAGGAAAGGAUGACUGUGUGCAGCGGAUAAGAACUUCUAACACACUCUUAUUUAUACAUUUUUUUUUAAAUCAGUUAUUAGUUUUUAACAGUGUAACUUAAUUCCCCAGGAUCAUGAACUUCUUUUAGCCCUGCUAGACUAUUUUAUGCUGGUCUUGUUUGAUGUAAGGAGUAGCAUGACCUCUAGGGGCUGCUAUUGGGGGCUUUUAGAGUCUUGGCCUUAAUAAAAUUGAUCACAUAAAUGUUCUCUCUUAGAGAUUUUUCCUCUGAAGCUCCAAAUUUUACUCCUCUGUCAAUGUUUUUGUUAUGUUACGCUUGUAGCAACAUUGUUCAUUGACAAAUGUCCUCAUGGAUGAGUCACUUCCAGACAGUGUUUUUCUCAUUUUGAGCCCCCUUGUUAGCUCAGAGUGUAUUUUUCUAAGGAUCAACAGGGAGUGUCUUAGUAUUAAAAAUCAUUUCCACACAUACAAUGCAGUUACUUAACAAUGCAGUUUAUCAAAUCUGGGCUUGAGGAGGAGGAGGAGGGUAACACAUUUGGCAGAGCAGCAGCAGCAGCGAAAACAUUUCUGACAGGUAAGAAGUUGAGUGAUACAGGUUAGCAGUGUUUAGAACAGAGUUUUAAAGAUAAUUAUAUAUUUCAAAGGUAAAGUAUAAUGGCCAAUAUAGAUUUUAUUUAUAUACCAAGCAGUUGUUUUUUUUUCUUCUUUUGUCCAAACAGAAGUAUAAUUUUACAAAUGCAUACUUUUAAAACAGGGUUGAACAUGGGUUUUAAGAUGCAAAGUAUUUGUGUAUGAAAUUGUUCCUAUUUAAAUUUGUCAUUUGAAUCAUGCUUGUAUCACAAAAAGGUAGAUAAGUCAUGCCUCAGCUAGUGGUUGCAAAUGUGGUACUACAGGCAAGGUAAAGUAACUAAGUAAUGCCUGCUGUCAAGAUGUGAACAUAUAUUUAAAAUUGGGAGUCGUUAUCGAGCGAACUGUAGAUGACUGGUUAGGAAAAUAAACACUAACAUGACCACAGAUUAAAAUAGACUAUCAGCUGUUUGGUUAAUGACAUGAAGGACUGUAUUUCUUUCUUUUUUUCACACUUACAAAACAUGCUGGAAUGAAUGAAGCCUGGUUCAAACAGUAUCCAAAACAACAUUUGUUGAUUUAAUGAUUGGAAAAUGUGGACAAUAAGAAAGUGCCAGAAAGUUCAGAGAUGUGUGUUGGCACUUUUCUUAUAUUUACAUAAACAAACUUGAUGUAUUUUUUGAGUUUGCACCUCAUAUUGCACCUUUUAACAUCUUAUGACAACAAAUCACAAAAAAAUCUUAAAAUUUAUUACUUUUUUUUUUUUACCUUCACUGGCUCCCUGGCCUUUAUUGUAGAAGGGGAAACUGUUAUUUUCUCUUUCACUUGGAAAAGAGAAAGUCGGAGGAGGUAUUAUUUUAAUCUAUGCAGGAUUUUUACAAACAAAUAAUAAUUUUAGGCUUGGGAUGUUUUACUCCACUCUUUUUUUUUCCUUUUUUUUCCCCGCCUCAGUGAGAAACCUGUUUAACUCAAGUGUCCAAUGCCUUUAGCUUUUGCAAUUUUUGUGUACCGGUUUAGUAUAUAUAUAUAUAUAUAUAUAUAUAAAUAUGUAUAUAGAUCUGUUUUUAUAACCAAACAAAGAUGGCUUGAGCCAUUUUGUACUUAAAGCUGGAGGCCACUUUUCUCAUAGGAAUUCCUCUUUGGGUUUUGCCAGCCCAGUCAAUGUCUUCAUACACUGGUACACUUUGUAAGUACAGGUCGGCGCCUUGUGGUCCCUACACUAUCUUGUAGUCAAAUGUAAAACAUUUAGCGUUAGAAUGAUUUUGAACAGUUUGCUACUCACACUUAUUUAUUUUUCUGCCCCUUUUCUUUUUUUUUUCUUCUUUUUUGCCGCAGAACCAUUUCCUGAAAUAGGAAGCUGUAAAUGUAUGGGGGUUGUUCAUGAUGAGAUUUCAUUGUAAGUAGUAAUUAAUAUUAAUUCUAACUUGAACAAAUCCAGGGUAAGAUGAGUUAUUUUUUUCUCUUUUUGACAUUAAGUAGGAAGAUGUUAACACUUGCAUGUUUCUAUUUAAAUACAAAUGUAUAAAUUGUAAAUAUAACAUUUCUUUAAGGGUGAAUUUCUACUACAGGUUGACAUUUUUAUUGAAAUUUAAAAAUGCUGUAAAUACAUUUUGUGAGAUACUUUAUGCACAUUUUUUUUUUUUUCUCUCUGGGCUUUCGUGUUUCUCUUCUUUUUCUUCUUCCAAGCUGUUACAGAUGACAUCCCAGUCUCUUAACACUGUAUAUCAGAUUGAUUUCUCUCGUCUUUUUCUUACUGUGCUCGUAAACUUUGUCUUCUGCUUCACUUUCUUUCAGUUUCAUGGUCGCCACAUAAUCAUUAUUGUGUCUAGAUCCAAGUGCAAAUAUUUUGUCUUCUCUGUAUUUGAUACAGAGGCGUGUACCUUUUCAUGAAAUGUAUAUUGUUGAUCUCAUGGGAUGGAUGGAUUGUGUAUACUGUCUGUUGUGUAAAACCAUGUCUGUUGUUUCCUCAUGAGAGAGAUGUAUUUACUAUUUGUCCCUUUUGAACAAUUGGUCCAACAUGUCUUUUGAAACAGAGGUAUUUCUCUACAGGUCAGAACAGUUGUAGCAGUUUAUACAGUAUGUUGUAUAACAUCUUUUUUCUAAAAGUUGUCUCUAAAGUGAGACCAGCAGCAUACACUAUGUACAUUAGUCUAAAUUGGAUUAGUUUUCAAAGAACUGAUGAUAGAGAUACUAUAUAUGAUGGAUGCAAUAUGAUAAAGGUACUCAUGAGUUUGAUCUACAAACUUAGGUUAUGUAAUUUAAAAGCAUUCUUGUGAAGUGAGUAUUAAUUGUGACUAAUGAGAGUCUGUCCUGAAUAUUCUUUGUAUUUUGCCGUAUUGAGAAUAAAAUAUAUAUGGAUAUGUUUAAA